CUCCACCACACACCCACCGCACACCAUGGAUCUCGACCUCGCCGUGCCGGCCGAUGCGCCGCGCACGCCGCUCGAGCUGCCGCUGCUCGCGCUGCUCAACGAGGCACGCAUCGAGCACGGCCUGCGCGUCCACGACCACGCGCGCUACCGCGCCUACUGCUCGGCAAAGGUGCACCGCCUGCGCGCCGGCCUGCGCCUCACCCACGCCGACGCACAGCACACGCCCGCUGUGGCGGCGGGCAAGGGCGCGGCAGCCAAGAGCAAGGCGGCCAAGGCGCGCCGCGGCAAGAAGCGCCAGACGCCCGCGGCGCAGAGCAGCGCCGACAAGGGCCACGGCAACGUCUUCACGCGCAAGACGAUCCGCGCCGCAGACGUGCGCGACAACCGCGCCCUGCAGCUGCUCCUCUUCGAGGCCGAGCGCGCCUGGGCCUUUGCGCAGGACAAGCGCACCUCGGACACGCCCAGCCCGCGCCAGGCCUCGUCGCACGCCCGCCGCUCGCUCUACUGGGCUGCACAGCUCGAGGCACUCGCCGGUGCGCUCAAGCCGCGCCUCGAUGCGCGCGCCCGCGGCCAGAUUGCUGCAUACGCCGUGGCGCUACGCGGCGGCGUGGCGUUUGACAAGGAGGACCACCCGGCGGCACUGCGCAAGCUCUCCGUCGCCCGCCUGCUCUUCACGGCGCUCGCCGAUGCUGCCGCCGAGUCUAAGCAGGCUGCCCUCGCCAACAGUUGGGUCGACCAGAGCGACGCACAGCUGCGCUUCAGCGCCUACCAGCUCGAGCUGGGCGACGGCAGCCCCGACGAGAUCGUCAGUGCCGCGGCGCCGGCCGACGUGUGCGAGGCCGAGGUGCCGGGCUUCGCAGCGCUGAUCCAGGAGCUCGAGGCGUUGCGCGGCGAGCGCAAGGUGCGCGCGUCCGUCACGAUCACCUGGCGCGAGGAGGUCAUCCCGGUGCGCAACGCCGAGCUCGUCGAUGCACUGGCGCGCGUGCACGCCGCAGAGCAGGCGCUCGGUAAGGCCGUCGAUGCGCAUGACGAGGAUGCCCAGCGCAAGACGGCGGACGCACCGGCCAAGGGCCACAAGCGCCAGCGCCUCACCUCGGCGCAGCGCACCGCCAAGAAGCGCGCCUCUGCCGGAGGAGCGCCUGGCACGGACGGUGCCGCUGCAGUGGGCAUCAGCGCCACCGGCGGUCGCACGCAGCUUGACCCGUACGACCGCGCACUGGGUGCGCUCUCUGAUGCCGAGGAGCUUGCGCGCCGUCUCGUCGAGGACAACGCCGCGGCGCUGGCCAAGAGCCACAGCACGCGGUACGAAGCCGCUGGCAAGGACCUGCAGCGUGCGCACGAGUACCUGCAGUACCGCCUGCUGUCUCUGCGCGUGCGGCGCAACGCACACCUCGUCGAGGAGGUGAACCACAAGGCUGCACGCCGCGAGCAGCGCGCUCGCGACGCACUCGAGCGGCGCCUGGCGUCUGGCAGCCAGAGCGAGCCGCGCAAGCGCAAGGAGGGCGUGGAGCCCAAGCGUCUGCGUGCGCCCAAGCCCAAGCGCAAGAACGGUCCCGGGGCGCGUGCCAAGCGUCCGCGCACGGCGCCGCGUGCGUACAAGCGCAAGCCGGCGCGCAGCGGUGCGCGCAAGGCUCGUGCGCAGCGAGCAGCGUCGAAGGAGCAGCGCGCGCGCAGCGUCGAGGCGGAAAAGCAGCGGCGCCGCGCCGCACGUGCCGUGCCGGGUGUCGCCAAGCUGCUCGACGGCGCCGAGGCCAGUCUGAGCGCCAUGGCCGCGCUGGGUCUCGUCGAGGCACAGCCGGACGUCAGCUCGCUCAUCGACGCCAAGGCGGCGUGGUACAAGGCAGAGGUGCUGCGCAUCCUCGCGCGCGCCUACGACCUGGGCGGCGCGCAGGACCACGCGCUGCUGCUGCUUGCACGCGCACAGCUCUUUGUCCGCCAGGCACGACAGGCGGCCGAGCUCGUCGACGACGCAGGCGAGGAGGACGCCGAUGCGCCGCCGCGCAUGCUCGAGUCGACGUUCGCGCAGACCGAGCAGUUCGUCGAGGCGGCGCAGAAGGAUGCGCAGCGCGAGCUGUACUUCUCGCAGCACGGCCUGGGCCGCGAGGCAUCAAGCUCGGCGAACCUCAUCAACAGCGCCGCAUCGCGCUCGCGCGCUGCUGGUGCCUCCAGCAGCAAGGGCGUGCAGCGUGGCACGGCGCAGCGCGACACCAAGGCUGGCCAGGCGGUGCGCGACCUCGCCACUAAGCACGUCACCUUCGACGCCGACGACCUGGCGCACGCGGCACACCUCAGCGACAGCCGCGAGGCCGAGCUGCAGCAGGAGCUGCGCGCGGCGGUGGCCGAGAAGCAGCAGGCGCAGCCGAGCAAGGCAGCUGCUGUGGCCAAGAAGGCUGCGCUGACGGCGGCCAAGCCUCAGGCGCCGGCGACUCCUGCAGCAGCAGCCAAGCCAGCGCCGGCCGCGAAGGAAGCAGCACCAAAGGCGGCAGCACCAGCCGCCAAGUCCAUCCCCGAGGCCGUCGUCGAGACUGUGCAGCCGCCGCUCGCCGCCGCCGCACAGGCCGUGCAGCCGCCGCUGCAGGCCGCGGCGCAGGCAGCGUCGGCCGCCGUCGAGCAGGUCACGGGCGGCGGCGAGCCGUACGACCCGGGAAACGUGACGGACGAGGAGGAAGAGGAGCAGCGUGCGGCGCAGACGCCCAAGAAGGGCUGGCUCGGCGGCUGGUUCGGCGGACGCUGAGGCAGACGAAGCAUCUCGGCCGCACAGCAGUCAAGAAAUGCAUUUCUACGCGGGUGACAG